AUGAAGAUUUUCAUAUCUAGUACUUUUCUCCGAUUGUUGGAUUUUCUAAAUGUAUUUCUAAUUGUUGGAACUUUCUUGUCACUAAUUUUUUUUGAUACUUGUGACAGAGACGUGGCUCAACAUUACGCGAACGAAAACGUUGACACUAGAUACACUAAGAUAUACGUGGGAGGUCUGCCUUGGGAAACAAGAAACGAAGGUUUGAGAAGUUACUUCGAACAAUUUGGAGAUAUUAUACAUGUUAAUAUGGUUUGCGAUAGAGAAACGGGACGAUCAGAGGGUUAUGGUUUUGUCACGUUUAGAGAUGCUGAAUCUGCAACGAGAGCUUGCCAGAAUCCAAAACCGGUCAUAGACGGACGAGAGGCCAAGUGCAAUCUUGCUUAUAUUGGUGGUAGGGUUAACAAUAACCAAAACGCCCAACAACAACAAGUACUACCUAUGUACCCAACUGGGACCAGUUUCCACCACCCCAAUAUCAUACCUACACACCUUAUGGUUAUUGGACACCCCAUGGCCCUUACUACGUGAACCAACCUGGUCCUUACUACUUGAACCAACCUGGCUUUUGACUUAUGAGCCAUCUCUUUCGCUGUUGUCUGAGACACUACUUGUUGUUCUAUUUUCUGAUUUCAGGCUGUUUAGUCUGCAUGAUUCUAAUCUAAUUAUGUUUACUUUCUUAUAUACAUUGCAUCUCUUCUGUUCCAAACAGAGAACAAGAAUCUAAUUUUUCAAGCCCUGUUUAUUCUAGAAUGUUUCUAAAUUUUGCCUUAUAAGCAUUUAUAUAGACAUUGGCAUAGUAAAUAGUAAAUACUGUGGAUUCUUUUGGCUUUUGAAUGUGAACUUGACUUUUU